AUGGUGCUAAUUAAUAGAUGGGCAGUAUUUGUAUAUUUACUGUUAUUGUUUUUGGGGUCGAUUAAAAGUGAAGAAACCCAAAUAAAUUUAACAACACAAGUGAAUAAUCUCGAUAGAUACGAAUUUAUAGCUGAUGAUCUUCUGAGCAGAAAUUUCCCAUAUCACAAAUUUAGAGAUCUAAAAAGAAGGUCCAGAGUAAUAAUCGAGGCCAACAACAGAAUGUUGCAUGUAUUUGAGGAUUUAUUAAGUAUUUCUGAUGAGAUUUUGGAAAGUUUUUCCGAGCCUUCAAAAGACUCAUUUUUUUUGGAGAGCUAUAAGCCCAUUUCAUUGGUCCCAAAUCCUCUAAUAAAAUUUCUAGUUGACCAUGUUGAAAAAAUGCUUGAAAACUUGCCUUCCUCCAAGCCAAUAAGUUAUUAUUUGGAUAACGAAGUGAUCGAAAAUUAUACGAGGGCACAUAGAGAACUACUUAACGACUACAGAGUAUUAUCCACCAGAGUUGCGUGUAGACUUCUCAUUACCUCUAUAUUGCUUUCAUCGUUGGAGAACAUAAAGAAUAGAGAACAUUCAAUAGAGAUUGGCAUUUCAUACCCUUUUUUGGAUGAUAUUGUAAUCCCUCCUAAAUCUACAGCAAAAUCAAAUAUUGCAAAAGUUUUAAAUCGAAUUUUGAACUCUAUUCGUAAUUUUGGAAGGAGAAUUAAAAUUGGAAUAAAGAGAAAGGUAGAUAUGGAUGACGAAUCAGAAUUGGUUAACUUGGAAUCGCAAGAAUCAAAUGAAAAAGAGUUUAUUUCCAAUAUCUAUAACCAUAGACAAAGCUGUAAUGUGUCUAUAUUCGGGAGAGAUAAGGUAGUUUUUGAAAACAAUCAAGAAGUUCUUCAGGUAAUAAAAAAUUUUAUAGGAAAACAAGAAAGAAAUUCAAAUACUCUAUUGCAAAUUCUCGAAAAAGUGGUCAAAGAGGAGCUUGGAAUUGAGAACUUUAAAGAAAUUAUAUGGAAUAUUAAAACCAAAAGCAAACUUACUCGUGUUUGUAGGAACAGCCAUGUCUUGGAAAUUUUACCCAAAAGAAUGAAACUUAAGACUUGUAUACAAUUAUUUAAUAAGGUUGGUGAGAUUCUAACAGGAUUCUACUAUAAGGAUAAUGAACAUAGUAAUUUGGCCGGAAGGAUAAAUAUACUGAAAAGAAUCAGAAGAAACUCCUCGCUAAAAUUUAUUCAAGCAAUAUUAAUAUACUACAAUGUAAAUGAGAAGUUAUUGAAGGAUCAAGUGGCCAAAGCAAGUAUGGGGACAUUGAAUAGAAGUCACAGAACCAGAUACCCGGAAAUAUUAGAUUCUGAACAGUAA